UUCCCGGAGCCGCCCCGGCCCUUCCUGCCGCCUCCGGAAGCGGCCGCAGCGCCCGGCAUGCCGGAGGCCGCCGGGGGCGUCGCCAGGCCGGGCGGCAGCGGGAGCGGCGCGUAGGGCCGGGCUCAGCGCCAUGCCCAAGUACUACGAGGACAAGGAGGAGGACGGGCGCGCCUGCGGCGGCGUGCGGGAGGACCUGCGGCAGUGCCUGCUGGAGAGCCCCUGCGUGCUGCAGGAAAACAAAAGCCCUAAACAAUGCUUGAGGGAAGGACACUGUAGGAGUUUGCAAGUGACGUUCUUUGCAUGCAAAAGAUCAAUGUUGGAUACCAGGGCAAGAUUCAGAGGAAGGAAGGGAUACUGAAGUCUUCAUCAAGAGACCUAACCAUGGGAAUUCAGGGUUCAUCAGCACUUUACAAAAAACAGAGACUAAAGUAAGAAGAUUGUACCUGCUGUAUCCUUUCACGCAGUGUUUUUGUGGAAGAUACCUGCUCCUGAGUGUUCUGAUAGAUUGACCUGGAUGUGCAUUUAAAUGUUAAAAAGAAGGCAAGCCUAAAGCUACAAGUUCUGGCCAAAAUGGGUACUUGUCAUGUACUUGAAAUAAAAUAUGUGAAAUCCAGAAUAAGCUGCAGAAUUUAUCAUUCUGUUUUGAAGUGGUCUUCUGUGACUUUACUGUAAAUUCGGGUCAUGUUUUGCUAUUACAAAUAAUAGAAGAUAUGGAACUGGGAGUUCAUUUGAUAUGUUGAGGAAGAGUUUUCUUAGCAGAUUGGUAUCCCAGAGGAUAUCUCAGGACAGAACUGUUUUCAGAGACUAAGAGUUGAUCAAGGUUGUAAAAUGUAUGUGCAAAUUGCUUCCUCUCCAGUAGGUUUGCUGCCCAGUAAAUCUGCACUAAUAGAUGGGAGUGAUGCUGUUUUUCAUUCCCACACUGGUAAGGAAGUAGGAUUUUUGAGGGUAACAGUGCUUAAACUGUGACAGUGGUCAACAUUAACUGUUUCUGAUUCAGAACUUUUUCCCAAAGGAAUAUUUCUUCUUUCAGCAUCUCUGCGUCAUUCCCUGCCUUUUGGAAGCCUUUAAAAAAUAAAUGGUAGUCUAACUUUUACAAGUGGAAACUCAAAUAACUUCAGACAAGGUGAUUAGAAACAAGAUUAGGAAAUAGUGAGAGAAGAGAGAGUCAUAGUAACUUCUUGGCUGAAGCUUAUAGCCAGGUGUCUGAUUUACAUUUAGUCUGAACAGAUGCAUGCAACACUUACUGUUUGUAAAAGUGAUGACUUCAGUGAAUGAGUGCAUGUUGAUUAUUUAAUUCUCUCUGUCUUAAGCAACUGUUCUGUGAUCAAAGAAUGUUUAUAUUCCUUGUAUGUGUAGGACCUUAUUUUUGCAAUUAUAAAUCAACAUUGAUUUCACAUUUUCGUGUUCUGUUGAUUAUAAGGAAGCUGGUUCAUUUGUUCAAGUGCUGUAAACAUCCCUUGUUUUCCACAGCCUAGUUACCAUAUUAUCUCUUUACAUACCCAAAAAUUAUAAAAUUAUGGCUAUAAGAGUAUUCUUAACUUAGCACUCUAAUUUCAAAGUAUUACUCACAAGCCUUCUCCAUGGGGGAAACAAAAGGGAGCAAAAUAAAUAAAAAGCCAUAUGGCAGGUAUUUAAAUGUCAGUUAGAGAGAAGAGUGGGAAUGGUAUGUGGUUUUGGUAGUCAAGGGCUCUUCCAUGGUCUGCUCUGUUACAGGGGCCUGGAUGCUUGAUGGUUCAGGUGAUCUGUGUUCCUUUCUUGGCCGUAAUCACUAAGCCUCACCUAAUGGUUCUGCAGGAACUCCUUUUGGAAAGGAGCAGACAGAUAACAGAUCAUAGAGAGACAGCUAGUUAGAGUUGUUUUUAGUAAUUGGCUUGAAUCCAGUGGAGAUUGAGUGUUAAAUUCAGUGUUUGCUAUUGGACAUUUAAGGAUUUAAUAAUUAACAGAAUAUGUGUAUUAUUCGGUCCACUAGAAUGUUACUGUAAAAACUUCCUAGUGGUUCACUACCUACCUAGAACAGUAUAAAAAUACCUAUAAUAUAUAUCAAAAUAUUCAUUUGCUCAAGAGACUAUCACUGUUCAAUUCCAGUGUUGUGUAACAUCAUAUUCUGUUUAAAAAUGACUACCUAUAUAAUUGUCUUGGGACUUUGAGCACCGUUCUACUUGAGAAAUACAAAUGUUUCUUGUGGGAAAAAUAAUAAUUUGUUUUAUUAAUGGAAAACCGUAGAUACUAUAGAUUCGAUUCUAGCUUUAUUCCUAAUACAAUAAAUGUUUUUAUUUAAAUAUAUUGAUAUUUUCAUCUCAUGCCUCGUGGUACACUACUAGGUUUUACUAAAAAGUACAUAUUUCUGUUCUGUGGUAGAUUUUACAAGAUGGAACUUGCAAUGUAUUUGAAUCCGUGAAAUUGGAUUGCUAAGGACAAACGGUGGACAUGGCUCCGAAAGGCCCAUACUGGGUUUAGAAUCAGAAAUAUAUGCAGUGCUAAUAAUUCAUAUUGAAUAAGUACGGGACACAGUUUGCAAAGAACUUUCCCUGCUGCUCUCGUUCCUCCCAUUUGUUUUACGCAGUGGCAGAGCCAGAGGGUGCUGAAUGUUGUCAGGACUGACGUCGCGGGCUGUGGCUCCGUCAGGGUUGGGACCUGUCUGUGUCAUUACAUCUGGUUUCGUCAAUUAACGUGUUCUCUCUGUGGUCCAGUCCUGCGAACACGUUUGUAUUUAAAUAGCUGUAAACACAUAUUGUGGAACUGCAGAAAUAUGCCGUAGUCAUUUACUCUGAAAAUUCUUUAGGUCAUUAACUCUGUUCUUUCAAUUAAUAUGAAGUGAUAAGCACAUGAGUCUGUUUAAUGAAGGCCCAUGUGUACAUAUGCUGAAGUGAGUGAAAGGGGUUGGCGUUUAACAAGGAUCGUGCAUUUAUUAUUUAAAUUAUGCCUUCUAAAAGGAAGGACAAAGCAUCUUUUAAAAAACCCUUUUUAGCUUCCAGAAGGUGUGAGUUUAUAUUACUGAUUAAAGACCUUCAUUAUUCACUGGGUGGAAUAAGAGGUUGGUUAUAUAUUCUGUCUUCACUUUUAAGUUUCUGGAGAGCAGCAAGUUGGGUGAGAUGCUUUUUUUCAAAGCAGACUUUUAAAAUAAUACUGUUUUUUCAGUGGAAGCCUGGAACAAACUAGAUUGACACCUUCUGCUCAUAAGAAGAGCAUUAAAUUGAAGUAAUCUAAAAGUGCAGCCACAGAAUGUAGGUGGUAAGCAGUAUCUGUUGUUUAAGCCUGUGACUGGAAAACUUAAAAAUACAGAACCGUAGCAGCUUUGUUGACACCAUGAAUUUCACAAGUACUCAUGCUGCCCUAGCACUUGGUAUGUGGUCAUUUGGAAUAUGUGUAUUUAUUCUAAAUAUAUGUCUUGUUAUCUGUAGCUGAAGAGCACAACAGUUUAAUUCCAGUCUUAAACUGUAGUUGACGGAAUAGUAACCAGAAACCUUAAGAUUAUUUCUUACUUUUCUUUUUCCAAAUGUGCAUGCUGAAUUUUCUGUCUCUGGCAUUGUUUAGUUGGAAAUAUCUUCAGAAAAUCAUUAACCAGAUAUUACUGUAAGUAGAACACUCCCCAGUGACUUGGUUGACAGUCUGUAGGAAGAAAAUUUUGUAAACAUAGAGAGCAGCUUCUUGAAGUGGACUAGCUUUAUUUUCAGGACUUGCAGUAGGUUCAUUAAUAAUGUCCUUAAACACUGAAAGAGGAAGAAGCACUAAGAUAAGAAUAUCAAUAUGUAAUAUAAGCUUAUAUUGAUAUUGCUUUUAUUUAAAUAUAUUGAUAUUUUGUCUUAUGCCUUGUAGUACACUACUGGGUUUUACUAAAAAGUCCAUAUUUCCAUGCUGUGGUAGAGGAAGUAUUAGUACUAUAAAAGGAGCUAUGGAAAAAUAGCAGAUAUAGAAAUUGACUUGUAAUUAAUAAAUGCUAAUGAUAAACUGCGCUACUGUAAAAUUGUGCUGCCCUUCAUUAUCGUGAAGAAUAUAAACUUCUUCUAAGUCAAUUUAUGACAGGAAAUUUUUAUAUUUUUUUGAUGGUGGAAAAGAGAGGUCUAAUAUGUGUUAGCUAUUGCUUGUCGUAAGCUUUUGAUUCUGUGUCAGCCACACCUCUUUAAUGGGCAUAGCAGGAUAGUUUUUGGAAAUCUGUGUGUUAAGAAAUCUGUUACAAGUUGCAGAUCAUUGACAGACUGAGAAAGAUGAGGGUGAAUAGUGUGCUGAUGGUGAAUUGAUGUGUAAAAUUUUGCAUAUAAAGGCAGAAACUACAUAAAGCAGUUUAUCAGCUGAGACUGGACAUUCAGGUUCCUUCCUGCUUUAUAUUAGUGGUUAAAGUAAGAGUUUGACACCCUUCAUCUAGUCUGACCUUCUCUGAAGGUUUUUAUGCCAGAGAAAGGCAUUGGCUCUUGAAAAGGGCAUAAAAUCUAAUUAUGUUUUCUUUUGAUAGUAUAUUUCAGUACCUAGUAAUCCCUGUGUUGAAAGUGCAUGUCUGUCUUGUGAUUAAAAUUUGACUUCAGCUUUCACUUAGGGGAAAAGAAGAGGGGAUGACUUUACAAAAGAGAUCAGUAUCUUAUAUUUUCCUGCUGGGAUGCAUUUGAAAGCAAGAAAAAAAAAAAGUAUGCUUUUAAUAUUUCUCAGUGAAAUGCAUAAUCUUGUGUUAUGCCUGUCUUCCUUAGUCCCUUCAAAGACUUGUAAUCUUCUUUUAAGAAGGAGAUAAAACCCUGUUACAGUUUUUUUCAUUCAUCUACAUACAGGUAAAUUCUCUGCUUUCUUUGGAUUGUGCUUCCAAGGUGGAUAUCACAUUUGUCAAAGUGUUAAGUUAGGAUCUCAUGUUUCAAUUCCUUGCGCGUUAUGACCCUGAUGCCUUUUUCAGAGUCAGUGCUUUUUCAGUCUGAUGUUUUCCCAGUGUGUGGCUUGUUUUCCCAAGGUACAGCUUUGUGUUCUUUUCCUAGAUGUAUAGCCUGAGAUUUGGCUAUUUAAAAAUAAUAAUUUUGAACAGUAUGCUGUAUGAGCUAUUCCAGAACUCUUAUGUGAUGGUCCAGUUCUUUUGUUCACCACAGUGUCAGCUAUUGGGUUCUCCACAAGUAUAAUUAGCAAUGAGUUUAUGUGUGCUUACACAUCUUUGAAGAAAAUGUGAAAUAGCCUUAAAUCUGGUAAUGGUCCCAGAGCAGUUCUCCAAGUGCCUCUACUCAAAUAUAAUUCUUCUCUGACAAUUAAUUUGUGAAAUUUGUUACUUACAGAUUUCUUUGAUUAAGAAAACAUAAUUUUACAAAAAAAUUAGGUAAAUUAAAAACCUCUUGAGCCUAUUCAUUCCUGCCGUGCUGGUUUUUCUUGUAUUUUGCCCUGGGUAAUUCAGACUGCUCUGCCUACAUGGUGGUUCUACGUGUCCUCCUUCAGUGCUGGUGCGAAGUAAGUGCCCUUCUGGUCCCUUGGGUUUUAGUGCUGUUUUUAUUUCCUAAUGCUAAGUGAACACCAGUAGUAAACAUUGUUCUUCCAGAAUCCUUGGUGGGGAGUUGUCCAGACCUGCUGUUAACAAAGGUUGUAUUUUGCCUGAUGAUGAUUAAAAAUGUCAUCAGUUGCAAAUAAACUAAAAUGUAUUUUACUUCUUAA